AUGCCUGACGAAGAAGAAACUUCUCGACUCGCAUGGACCAAACGAUUGUCUCGUCGAUUGAACAAACGGAGUUCCUCUCUGAUCGCUUCACUUUUGGGCAGUCGAAAUGGAGCCACUUCCAGCAAGACGAUCAAUGAGCCAACGACUACAGAAGAUGAGUUGGAUGAUGAGAGUAUGGAAGAUAUGAAACGAAGAGAAUCAGUGGCUGCAAGAAGAGCAUCUGCUGCUCCAAAUGUUGAGAAUCGAGUUGGAUCCAGAAGUGGAGGAAAGGAGAAGAGCACAUCGAGGAGAAGAAGUGUGGAUAGGAUUUGGGCUUAUAAGGUCAAGAAUUUUCUUGGCCUUUUCAUCUUGAUCCUUAUAACAUGCGAACCGAAAAAUCGUGUUCUCUGCCCUGCUUCGGAUGUCGUCGUCGUCGUCGCUUUUUUCUUCAUCUCGUUUUUCCGCCACAAUUUUCAGCUUCACUGA